AUGGCAGCCUUAGGCCCCGGAGGCUACGGGCGGAACGAUGCACUUGAGAAACUGUCGUCUGUCGGAGCGGGGAUUCCUGCGCGGAGGGGCCAGUCCUCCCCGCCCCCCGCCCCACCGCUCUGCCUACGGCGGCGGACGCGACUCACAGCAGCACCAGAAGACACAGUGCAGAGCCGGGUGUCACUUGAGAAGGUGCUUGGGAUCACAGCCCAGAAUAGCAGUGGCCUAACCUGUGACCCCAGCACAGGCCAUGUGGCUUACCUAGCAGGCUGUGUGGUGGUGAUUUUGGACCCUAAGGAGAACAAACAGCAGCACAUCUUUAAUACUGCUAAAAAGUCUCUGAGUACUUUGGCCUUCUCACCUGAUGGAAAGUACGUAGUGACAGGGGAGAAUGGGCACCGGCCAGCUGUACGCAUCUGGGAUGUGGAUGAGAAGAGCCAGGUGGCCGAGAUGGUGGGCCACAAGUAUGGUGUGGCCUGUGUUGCCUUCUCACCCAACAUGAAGUACAUCGUGUCCAUGGGCUACCAGCAUGAUAUGGUGCUCAACGUCUGGGACUGGAAGAAAGACAUCAUUGUGGCCUCCAACAAGGUGUCAUGCAGGGUCAUCGCCCUCUCCUUUUCAGAGGACAGCAACUACUUUGUCACUGUUGGGAACCGGCAUGUGAGGUUCUGGUUUCUGGAAGUUUCCACAGAAGCAAAGGUUACAGGUACAGUGCCUCUGGUAGGGCGCUCGGGCAUCCUGGGCGAGCUCCACAACAAUGUCUUCUGUGGCGUGGCUUGUGGCCAGGGACGCAUGGCAGGCAAUACCUUCUGUGUGUCCUACUCGGGUCUCCUCUGCCAGUUCAAUGAGAAGAGAGUUCUGGAAAAGUGGAUCAACCUGAAGGUCUCCCUGUCCUCCUGCCUCUGUGUCAGUCAAGAGCUCAUCUUCUGUGGUUGCACAGAUGGGAUAGUUCGCAUCUUCCAGGCCCACAGCCUGCAGUACCUCAGCAACCUUCCGAAGCCUCACUACCUCGGGGUAGAUGUGGCCCAAGGCCUGGAGCCCAGCUUCCUCUUCCACAGGAAGGCAGAAGCAGUAUACCCAGACACAGUGGCGAUGACCUUUGACCCCAUCCACCAGUGGCUAUCCUGUGUGUAUAAAGACCACAGCAUUUACAUCUGGGAUGUCAAGGAUAUCAACAAAGUGAGCAAGCUGUGGUCAGACCUGUUCCAUAGCUCCUACGUCUGGAAUGUGGAGGUGUAUCCUGAGUUUGAAGAUCAGAGAGCUUGUCUGCCAUCAGGCUCUUUUUUGACCUGCUCAUCAGACAACACCAUCCGUUUCUGGAACAUGGAUAGCAGCUCUAACACUCAAUGGCAGAAAAAUGUCUUCAGCAGUACCCUUCUGAAGGUAGUGUAUGUGGAGAAUGAUAUCCAGCACCUGCAAGAUAUGUCACACUUCCCGGAUCGGGGGAACGAAAAUGGGAUGCCUAUGGACGUGAAAGCUGGGGUGCGAGUUAUGCAGGUCAGUCCUGACGGCCAGCACCUGGCUUCAGGCGACCGAAGUGGAAAUCUGAGGAUCCAUGAGCUUCACUUCAUGGAUGAGCUGCUCAAGGUGGAGGCGCAUGAUGCUGAAGUGCUAUGCCUGGAGUACUCCAAGCCUGAGACAGGAGUGACCCUGCUGGCCUCAGCCAGCCGGGACCGACUAAUCCACGUGCUGAAUGUGGAGAAGAACUACAUCCUGGAGCAGACUCUGGAUGACCACUCCUCCUCCAUCACGGCCAUCAAGUUUGCCAGCAACAGAGACAUCCAGAUGAUCAGCUGUGGGGCCGACAAGAGUAUCUACUUUCGCAGUGCCCAGCAGGCCUCAGAUGGACUACAUUUUUUCCGAACCCAUCAUGUGGCAGAGAAGACCACCUUGUAUGACAUGGACAUUGACAUCACCCAGAAGUACGUGGCUGUAGCCUGCCAGGACCGUAACGUGAGAGUCUACAACACUGUGAAUGGGAAGCAGAAGAAGUGCUACAAGGGCUCCCAAGGUGACGAUGGUUCUCUGCUGAAGGUCCACGUGGACCCCUCAGGUACCUUCCUAGCCACGAGUUGCUCAGACAAGAGCAUCUCAGUGAUUGACUUUUACUCAGGCGAGUGCAUUGCCAAGAUGUUCGGCCAUUCAGAAAUUGUCACUGGCAUGAAGUUCACCUACGACUGUCGCCACCUGAUCACAGUGUCUGGAGACAGCUGUGUGUUCAUCUGGCACCUUGGCCCGGAGAUCACCAACUGCAUGAAGCAGCACCUGCUGGAGAUAGACCACCGUGAGCAGCAGCAGCACGCAAAGGACCAGAAGUGGAGCAGCCACCCCAGGCAGGAGACCUAUGCAUCCAUGCCCAGUGAGAAUCACUCCCUAAACCCUGGAGAACAGACAGAGGAUGAGCUGGAGGAAGAGUGUGAACCUGCGGAGCUGCUAAAGACGCCAUCCAAAGAAAGCUUGGAUCCAGAUCCUCAGUGCCUGCUGACCAAUGGCAAACUGCCACUCUGGGCCAAACGACUGCUGGGAGACGACAUACCGGAUGGCUCGGCCUUCCAAGCCAAGCGCAGCUACCAGCCCCACGGCCGCUGGGCGGAGCGGGCUGACCGGGAGCCACUCAAAACCAUCCUGGAUGUCCGGGACCUGGAUUGCUACUUCACCCCUAUGAAGCCUGAGAGCCUGGAGGACUCUAUGCUGACUACAUUGGAGCCUCAGAACCUGGCCACCCUACUGAAUGAGUCAAAGAGUCCCCAGGAGAAUGACUGUGGGCAUCCUUCCUUCCUGCCCCUACAGAGGGAGCUUGAGGCCAGCAAGCCUAUCAUCUACUCCAUGGAAAUACCAGUGCUAGUCACGGGGACAGAGAGCAAGUACUGCAUCCAGGAAGUAGAUGAGGGGCCCAUUGACCAGCAAGAUGACUCCUACCUCAGAAUGUCCUCUUCUGGCUCAAAGGCACAGAGCUGCCCUGAGAACUUGGGGAAGUUGGAGACAGACCUGGAGUGCAGCUUUUCCGCCAUCCACUCCCCUCCACAGCCCACCCCCGACCCUCAGUUUGACAUGAUGGUGCCCCAUGCACCAGGCCUGAGCUCUGGAGAAGAAGAGAUGGUCCUGCCCGACGUUCCAGGCUUGCCCAGCAGCUCCUUGCCCCAGACCCCUGAGCAGAAGUUCCUCCGCCACCAUUUCGAGACACUUACCAAUGCCCAUCCUGAGGAGCUCUUCCACAGGCCACUGAGAGAUGUGGAGGCCUCCGAGGCGGAGGAAUUCUUCCUUAGUCCCCGGCUGAGCAUCUCUGCCCAGUUCCUCUCCCAGCUGCAGAAGAAGCCCAGAUUCACCCACUCCUUCCCUUCCGGGUUGCCCUUGUACCUCACAAAGUCCUCAGAGGUCAAGACCAUGGACCAAGGGGAGACCCAGCCCAGAGCAGAGGUCCCAAGGGCAGGCACUGGCUCCCCCUCCCUAGCCCGGACUAACGUCCUCUCUAGAGGGAAGACUGAGGAGCUCCUUAAGACCCUGGAGGCCUGGCACCCACUGACCCCCUGCCUCACAGGCCUGGUGCCUUGUGCUCCCUCCUCAUCAGUGCUGCCCACAGACAGGAGGCCUGCGCCACCUUCAUCUGUACCCACCUCAGGCCUCGCUCAGGGUGUCCACGUUCCUCCCACCCACUCCUACAUGGAAACCACUGCAAGCUCCCGUGCCAAGAUGGCACACAGCAUCUCCCUCAAGGAGCAUGCUGGUCCUGUUCUCGCUGAGACAGCCCGGCCCCUCUGCAGGCCCUCAUCCCUGGGGGAGCUGGCCUCCCUGGGCCAGGAACUCCAGGCCACCACGCCGGCAGCUCCCUGUUCCAGCCCUGAGGACCCAGAGCCUGACCUGCCCUCCUGGGGCAACCACGAGGCCCGGGCUGGUCCGAGACUGACCCUGACAAGCACCUGUGACAGGUUCCUGCUGUCCCCACCCCCACAGGAGCCACCCACCGCAUGUGCCUGGUCCCAGAAGCCUGUGGCUGCCCCGUGUUAUGCUACAGCAGUCAGCUUCCUGCCCCACAGCCCUGUGCACACGGGGGCCCUGCUGCUUCACGAGGAUGCCUUCCUCCCAAGAUUCCCUGUCCCCCAGCCUCUCAACUCUCCAACCCACCCUGAUAAUUCCCAGCUUCCAGAGACCAGGCCAGGGAUUCCUGGGAGCCCUACCUCCCUCCUUGAGCCUCCUCCUGAUGCAGACAGGCUGGCCCAGAGUAGUCCUAGACAUUGGGGCGAACCCAGUGUGCCAACUGGGGGUGUGCCCCCAGUUCCCCUUGAGCUGAGCAAUGCAAAGACCAUCGUGCACAGGCUGCAGACUGCCUUCCAAGACGCACUUGACCUUUACCUUGUGGUGGUCUCCAGUGGCCAGGUCAGCGCUGAGCAGCAGGAGGCACAGGCUGCGCUGGCUUCCACCUUCCUUUGGAUCCACCGCAAGUUGGAGGCGAUCUGGCUGGAUAGGACAGAGAUGGCACCAAACCAGGCCCUGCCCAGUCCUGGUCCCCCAUCUCCACCUACCCUCUGUCCACUGGCCAACCCUGAUUUGCGGGCCCUGCUGGAACACUACUCAGAACUGCUGGUUCAGGCCGUGCAGAAAAAGACAGGAGGAUACUGA